GCGGCGGCGACCAUGACGUCUUUUUUCCCUACCGAAAGAGGGCAGCAAAUUACGACGGCGACAUCAAGUCAAACCUGGCUCUAUCGUCUGAGCACUGUUACGUUACAACACACCAAGAACAAAUUGCACUAUUUGAUAGAGCACUGCGACGGUAGAAGACAAAGACUAGACACCAACUUUUUGUUUAUCUAGUACUAGAACACCAACAAGUUCAAGUCGUGAUUUCUUCUGAAUCUAAGUUCCUCACAACCCAAUUCUUCCGAGAGGUGAUGAGCUGGGCCAUUUUCCCGAUUUGCGCAGUAUGCUAUACGAGCCUUCCGAAUAAUCGGUACAGCGCGGCAUUGUACUACAGCAUUUUUCUUUGCAGCAUGGCUCUCUGCUACCGCACGAAAUUUUGCUGCAGCAUGACAUUACGCGACGUGGCGCUGCGUGGCAGCAUUUGUCUGGGCUACGUCGCACUGUUCUACGGCACGGCAUUUUGCGACAUGGCACUGCACGGCAGAAUUGCUGCACUGUACAGCACGAAAUUGUACGACAGCACACUCUACUACUGCGGUACGACGCGGUGCGACAUCGCGCUUUGCUACAGUGUUUGUCUGUGCCAUAUCGCACUGUUCUACGGCACGAAGUUGUACUGGUGCAGCACGACACCGCACUCUAGCACGAUAUUGCACGACACGGCACUGCAUUGCAGCGUUUGCUUGUGCAGUAUUUGCCUGUGCAGCAUGGUCCUGUACUACAGCCCUUGGCUGUGCAAGAACCUGGUGAAGAAGUUCGUGGUGUACAACAAGAACCUGGUGAAGAAGUUCAUGGUGUACAACAAGAACCUGGUGAAGAAGUUCAUGGUGUACAACAAGAACAUGUUCGCUAAGAAGACUCCAAACUACGAGAACGUCUUUUUUGCUAAGAAAAGACUGGCUCCGAUGUUUUUUUCGCUGAUUAGUCUGAUUUGUCCGGACGAUGUCUUGGCGUUAGAACGACGCGUGGCAACGGCAAAGCAACCACUGGACUAUACAACGGCCGCGACUGCCAAUGCGACUAUCUUCGACAGUUAAGAACCCAAGAGUCAGUAUAUGGGUGUCCUCUCAGAAUAGAUGCUUGUCUUUUUGAAAGCAAAGAAAAGUAGUCCUCGUUUAAUUACAUUCUCCUUUUCUACUCAAUACAGUCAGAAGAGUCAUGUAUUAGCAGCAAUAGAGAAAUGUCAUAUACUCCUACUCUUGUUUUCCUACAGUCAGAGUCGGUUUUCACGCAUCUAAUACGCGGAUUUUCUCCAGCAAACCGGAAUUCUUCCCGACUUUUUGCAGACGACUUCGGGUGUGUCUGGAAAUUAUAUGGAGCCGACGAGUUAUUUGGAGCGUGCGACCGGCUCACAGCCACUCUCAGUGCCAAUUGGUAGAAUAUUGGAACUCUUGAGUUAUAUUUUGUGUCUGAUGUAUUUUUUAAUUGGUUGUCAUUGUCUGUUGUAUAUUUGAAGCAGAAUCUUCAUCUUUUCUGAUCACCACAUGAAAGCACGUCCGUCGGAUUGGUGUUUUGUACUUUAGUCUUCGUGGUCGAUACAGUGACUCCUUCGAAGUUUUUUGUUUUUCAACACCGCGCGCUCCAGGCGGGCCGGCAGAGGGUGACAAAGUGACGGUGGAAGUUCUCGGCAAGGUGAUCCGGGGUUCGCUCCGCACUCCGGUGCUCCCUCCUGUAGAACGAUAUGCCGGAAACCUAAUGGGCCCUUAAGAGACAGGCUUGGGUAGAUCCCUUCCGCAAUAGCUCGGGAACAUAACUGCAUCGGCAUCGAGGUGCGCCGCUUCUGUUUUGUGGCGUUGCUCGGUCGUAGCGUGUCCACCAAAUAUUGUGCGGGCUGAGCGGUCCUCGCCUGGGGCUUCAGGGGCGCUGAGCUGUCAGCGCCUCGGCGUUUGCAGUGUGUCCUCUGCAUCAUGGAGACGCACAGCCCACCGACAGACCCAUCGCUCGGACGCAGCUAUACUAAUCUUGAUCCACGCAGAUGCGUGGGGCCUUCCUCGGAUUCUCCCGCGCAGGCCCGAGCGGGCCCGAUGUCUGGAGCCCCCCAUCGCUGCGCAAUAGCUACGCCGGCCAUGCCCCGCCUGGGGCCCGGCGUUCUUUGUGUCCCUCCGCGUCAGCGGACCAAAGCCGCUGCCAGCCUCAGACCGGUCGCACAGUUCUGGUUUGGUGGCCUCGAACAGCUCGGGGCCCCUGGGUGAGGAUCCUGGAGCCAGUUACUGCGCGGUACGGAACGGGGCAGGCGCGGUCGUGGUGUAGUUGAUCGCCACCGGGGUUUGCGCUCUGAAUUUAGAGGGAAGCACCCUGGCGCGCCCAGGGGGUGCGCCCGCGCCCACGGAGUGCACCUGCGGGGGCCUCUUGCGUGCUGCCACUGCCCCCGAGCUUGACUACCGUGGCCCCCUGUCUGCCCGCUUGCAGCGUACUUGGAUUGAACUAGCGAGCAAGCCCGCUCGCUGCCGCUGUCCGCCGCCUGAUGUCCCCCUCGCGUGCUUUUGCGGGCUUCUCCGCGGCAGUUGUGUGGCAGGGAAGGCUGAUGGCGAUUCGCCACCAGGCGAGCUGCAGGGAGUGGCCGUGCCGUAGUUGGGUGCGCCUGCGCCUGCAGUGCCCAGCCUGACAACUGGUGCACCACCCGCAGGGCCGCAGCAGCAGGCCCGGCGGCGUUGUAGCCCAUCACCCUGUAUUGCAUGAGGCGCUCGCGGAGUCCAGUUGACGGCGGUGUCUGUGAGCGAUAUUUCCGUUCCGAGGCCUCUGCAGUUGCGUGCGUGACUCUGCCGCAGAGUGCGGCGAAGCUGACAGGGCCAAAAGUGCUUCACGGGCGUGCGCGUGCCCAUGCGGGCUUGGCUGUGUGUCUUUUAUUUUGUGUCUUCGUGGUGUAUGCGUUUGUUGCUUGGCAUGAGUCAGGGAUCUAACCAUGGAAGGCCUCUAAUACGCCAAAGACGGUUGGCCGGAGUCUGGGCGCACCCUUUUCCUAAGGGGAGAAGCGGAAGGGGGCGGGAGGUACAUCGAGGGAGUGGUCGUCACGAAAGUAACCCAAGAUGAGAGAUGGAUAAGCGGUGAGUCGUGCUAUCUGCACUAUGAGUAUAGCGAUGCACCCCCUGACCAAGAACCUGCAGACCGGCCCCACGAAAUAUGGGUUAUUCGGAAAGAGCCGAAAGAGGAAAUAGAAAAUGUCGGUGAUUGGCUAAAGUACUUCGACGUUGUCCUCGACACAGCCAGGGGAGAAAAUGAAUGGGAGGACCACUACGCAAAGCCCGAGGCCAAGCAGAUUCUUGCACGCGAGAAAACUAAGGGUACCUACAUGUCUAUUUGAUGAGAGUGGCUGAAGAAUCCUCACACCAUGAUCAUCGCUUGCAAAGAUACCUAGCUGAUGUAGAAGGUUAUAAAAGUACUGUAUAAACCUAGAACAAGGUUAUAGGCGUCGAAGCCUCUCGACGUCUUUUUCUUGAUACCCACUUGAUCCAGGAUUGUCCAGUGGCGAAUACGCUUUAAGUUCAGCCACUGGUUUGUCGUCCGUCGCUGGACUACUAUCCACUAACGGCGGCGAGGCAGAGGGAAUAUCUUUUUCGGACCCUGAUAUAUUGUUUGCGACCAAUCCAGAUGAUGAACUGAAAACAGAUGAAGGCAGCAGCAAGGCGGUUCAGGGAUUUCUCAUCACGAAGCGAGAAACUAAAAAAGGCGGCCAGGUGAUACUGCACGGUAAGAAAUGUUCUUUACUGCGAAAAGUGAGUGGCGAAGGAGGACCAACGUCAGCAAAAAUAAGCAUCGAAGGAGAUGCACACCCGCUCACAGCAAGCGCGGCGGGAGAAAAAUACCAUUUUGUGGUGCGCAGCAACUCAUGGAGAGACACGCGAACAGAUAGCGGUACUUGUGGGGACUAUUUUCUACUUGCAUUUUUGGGUAUGAAAAACUAAAACACGGUAAUAUUGCACAAAAACGAAACACAUUUCAGCAACGGAAUUUGUUUUCCAAUAUCUCGUAAUCUCUGAAUUUAUCUUCCAUGAUUCUCUUUGUACUCUUCCUAUAGGUCGCCUGAAUUUCGCAAUUUCGUGGGGCAGCAUUGAGUAUGGCGCAUCCGGCUUCAUUUCACAAAUUCAAGGACAGGAUGGCAAUGACGCACCAGGCGACCUUGUUUUGGAGAUGACAGACGAGCAACUUCAGAAACAGCGCGAGGCGCGUUCGAAAUCUGAUCCAAAGUCAUCUCCUAGUACCCCGAAAGGCGUGUGGGGAUACGUCGUCAUGAAUAGCGAUGGCGACAGGCAUAUGUGCUGGGUCUCUUUCGGUGGCACAGCUGCCGAGGUUAUCCCCGCUCAAAGUCACGAACUGUGGUCCCCGAAAGAGAAGUCAAAGGGAUUUGACGUGCGCCUUCGUGCAGGAUCCUGGAGGGACCGCAGAUCCGGUAGUCCUAUGCAUAAAAUCGAUCAUUUUAUCAACGAUGACUCCAACAGAAACAUGAUAGACUUCACUAGUCGACGCUCAAUGACCUAGUCAACGAUUGCGAGCAAGAUUUUCACAUUGCUGACAGACUUUUUCCGAAUAAAACUGGCAUGUAGUACAAGAACAACUUCUCAUGUCUCCACGAUCUUCUCGCCUCUGAAUCCUCAGAUGAAGCACGCGGGGUCGCCCUCGGUUCUGAAUUGGGUCGGAUCACUGAUCUCACGAUUUUGAAACCUGGCUCCGAGGGCGUUGCGGAGCCAGGUGCGAUACUCUAUUCGAAGACCACCGCACAAGAGUCGGGUUGGGGAUUCAUUGUCACAGGCGAUAUGAAUGAAGCGGGAUCUGUGCCAGGCCGCGAGUGUUGGCUUAAGAUCGACUUAAGGCAGGAUGAAAUCCAUCUCCAGGGAAGGUAUCUUUCGGGAAAUGUGUUCCGAGCAACAUGGGGCUCCAAGAUGCCUGCUAGGAUGGAUCUCGAGACAGUCUAAGGAACACGAAGGUGAAGCUUGUCACUAUUCAUCCGUUGCAAGCAGGAGAAGUGAGUCUCGAGAUGCUCACAAAGGACCGAUCAAAAUUUUACCCAUCGCGCAUUGAACCAACUGAUUGGUGGGACGUUGGUAUUAUUCAGUACGAUGAAACUUUGAUUCGGAUUUUAUCAGUGCAUGAGUCAAAGUCAUAAACUCGAUACCUAGAAGUUUGAAAUACGUCUUUGCCGAUGAAGGUGAAUCUUUUGCUCCUCCUGUGAUUUCGAGACUUUUUUUCGUCCUCGAAGGAAGACGGGAACCCAUAUCAACUUCUUGCAGGGCGGGUCGACCUCACGCGUAUCGUCGGAACGAUUCGUCGGAACGAUCUAUCACUUGAGGAAAUCGCCAAUGGGGCUUCACGUGGCGACUUGGUCGUGCAAUUGACAGCUUCUGAGAAAAAUGGACUGCAGAGUCUCGUAGACGCCGCGUUCCCGAGCAUUGCUUUGCGAGUGUGGGGACACAUCAUCGGCGAAGGUAAUCAUAAGGUGUGUCGGGUGGUCUUUAGGAGUGUGCCCAGUUCUGAGGCUACCGCAGAUUCUGCCGUCGUCGCUGCGGUCCAUCCGGUUAAGACCUUUAACCGCCUUGAAGACCACGUCGAACAGGGCAAAUCUGGGCCCUUCUGGAUGCGCUUGGGGUGGAACGAUCUGAGUAUAAAUAUGAUCUGACUACACCAUCUGCUGUGGAAGUCGAUUUGUCAGUACGAAGAAUCCCUUUUUGAAGUGACCGGACGAAUGAAAGAUCCUUUUUUGUUGAAGAGCACCUUUCUGACAACUUUGCACCACCUGUUUCGGUAGAAAAAGAAAUGGAGGUAGCUUGUGCCUCGUCUCACCACAAUUACGCUCUAAACAUAGUGUUAAGAGAAAACUUUCAUCUUCACCUUAUUCGUCAGAUGAAGAUCCCCAAGAGGUGAUGGCCGCAGCUGUCUCAUGGCGAGUUGAUCGUGAUGUCGAUUUCUGGGGGAGAGUGACAAUCACAAAUUUGGAAAACCAUAGCACUCGGUUGUCAGGUGAAGAGCAGAGCGCGCUGCAGGCAGGUGACCUCCUUGUCUCAGCGGAGGAAGCCGCCGAUGGUAGUCGCUGGGGGUUCCAGGUUACGGCUACGCGGAACACGGAAGAUGGCGCUGCCUCCAGUGCGGUAGCUGGGGAGGAAUGUUGGUUGUCCGCAGCAACUGGCGAAGACAAAGAUCAAUUUUCAACCAUCCAUCCUCUGCAUGAUUAUGCACGCCAACUGGACCCGGAGCAGAAAGUGAAAGCGGAAGACCUGAAUGCCAAGUAUCCGUAUCAUGUGAAAAAAGGGGACUGGAUGCAUCGCCGAAAAGGUUUUUUUUAUGCCCCUGGCUUCUGUUGGACUUAGAAAAUUUACUAUAUUUUAAUAUCCUUUUUGUACUUUGGUGUUCUAUCCUUAUGGACUUUGGUGUUCCAGGAAGUAGAAACACUCUACUCUCUAUCACAUUGACUGAUGCUCUACGAAGUAGAAUCUCUCGAAAUUAAAUUCUUUUGAGAUCCGAUCGUUCUAUGAUUUAACCUUGGCAACAAGAUCAGUAACUUUAACGUCUUGUCACAUGAUGUUCACGUUCUCUCACCUCAAUCAGGUGCAGAAAGCUCGAUAGAGACGGUCAUCGACUUCUCCUAUGAACUGGGUACGAUUCCGAAUCUGGACUUCCUCACUGCGGCACCGGUGACGGAGGAUACUAAGGAAGGCACUAUAUUUUAUGCGAUGCCAGAGUCUCAGCACAAGCAACAAGAAGGCCGCACGCCGGCGAACGACUGGAGGCAGAUUGCGGAAAAUAAGAAGCAAGCUAUCCAAGAGCAGGUGAAUAUCGAAAGCGAACUUCAAGCGAAUUGGGAAGAACGGAGGAUAAUAAUUUCCAAUUUGGAGAACGUUAGUCCGAAUUUCAAUAAGGAGAACGCCCAAAGCAAACUCACAGACGUGAAUACUCAGAUUGCGACUCUUCGGGAGGCAAAGCAGGCUGCGGACGAUGGGGUGAAGCAGAUGGAAGAGCAGGAGAGGGAAAUGCAGAAGAACGACAACAACAGGGAGCUGCCUGAUGGUUUCUGGGGAUUCAUGGUCACAGACAGUGGAGGAGACGGACCGUUUUUGGUCCGGGAGUGCUGGCUUCACAUUGACUUAUGGCAGGAAGAAAUCCAUCUUCGAGAGAAGUAGUAUCUUGGAAAGGUGUUCUGAGAAACAUGGUCUCCAAGAUGCCUCUACGUCGGGAUGGGUAUUCUCCCUUCGGGAGGUCUAACAGAAAGAGAAGCAUACUCCGUCACCGUUUAUCCACUGAAAGCGGAGGAAACGUCGACCGUCAUGAGGCUCACUGCCGAGGCAUUGGCAUCAGUUUAUCGCUGGAAGAUUGCGCCCGACCACUGGAGGAAUGUUGGUAUAUCGUGAAGUACUUUGUUGUAGCACCAGUUUUGAACUGGAUGGAAAAUGGCCAUUUGAGUUCUAAAACCUCCCAAUCUUUUUUUGCAUGAUGCAAGAGACUACUAGUUCAUCCUUCUUCAUGAUGAAUCUUGAUCCUCGACUUUCCUUGUACUCAACAUUUUGGGAAUAUCUUUCGAUUUUCCUCGACCCCACUAAAUUUUUCACAGCGCUGGUUGAAACGGACAAGAUUCUUGGACUUAUUCAGCGAGGGAACGGUGGCAUCGAUUUCCCAGUGGAGGGCAGUCAGCAAGCAAAAGGCAACCUCUGCUUGGAGACGAGCGAGUCUGCAUGGCGUGCUCGUUCAGAAACGGGUUUUGCAGUUUGGGGACACAUUGUUGGGAAGUCAAAUGCGAGAACGGCGUGUAGGGUAAUUUUCCGGCCGCAAACCACAAAUUCGGAUGAUAUUUUGGCUGUCGUCCACCCGGACUCGAACCCGGCGGCAAUCGCGACAGGACCCGACUCGCAGAGCAAUUUUAGGCCAUUGCUGUGCCUCGACAAGAACAGCUGGAAAGAGCAUGGGGGUACUCCUCCUCUACCGCUUUGACCCGUCUGCGAAAGAAGUUUGUUUACUUCCUUUGAUGUUCUGAGCAGCUUCCUUUUACUGUCGCCAAUACUAUCUUACUAACAAAAAUGAAAGACGAGUGUGAGGAGCGCAAAAAUGUUUUUCUCGUUUUGUUCUCCAGAUACCGCAAAGCUCAUCGACUGGCGCGUUAAUCGUGACUCGCUUCUGGGAAGAGUCAUCGAAAAAAACUUGAGCGGAGAGAAUUCGGGGAGCAUCGACGAUCUCAAAGGAGGUGACCUUCUCGUCUCGUCUCCGGUGGAGUCUCAACCUGAAGGAGAAGGAGAGCGCGGCCACUGGGGAUUCCUUGUCACUGGGGAUAUGCGUAACGGCGCAGUGCUGGGGAAGGAAUGCUGGAUAUCAGAGGUUGUCAAAGGUAGAGGACUUUACUCCAUCUAUCCAGUGAACGAGCAUGCGCAACGUUAUCGGGGUGCGGUCCGGUAUGAGGACUUGCUGAAAGACUAUCCACAUAGAAAAUUGAAGUCCGGCGAAUGGCAGGAUCGGCGAAAAGGUACAUGUGUGGAUCUAGGAUUCACUCUUAGGAGGUUCUCUUCCGAUGCUAGGAAAAGAUCUCCGACAAUUUUUGUUCGCAUGCUAUUUCCUGAUCAUUAGUUUCUCAAUUUCAAGUAGUCUCUCUCACCGACAAGGGAAUUGUUGUCACCCAGUCUCCUUUCAAAGGAAAACAUUGGAAGGUAACUUCGAGCUUUUGGUGGACAAGCAACAAAAACCGCUCGGGUGGUUCACCGAAGGUCAUUAUGGCUUUCCGUGAUUCAUUUUCCUGAGGAGUUUUUCUCGUGAGUUUCUAACUCGGAAACCGAGGGAAACCCGAAUUAACAGAGAAGAUGAAUUAUGCAAAACUCCAAUUCCUCACUCGGGCUGUGCUGAACAAGCAGCUUCAAAAUGGAGACCUGCUGCUUGAUAAUGAUAGCGAGGACGCUUCUCGCAAUGCGUUUUCAUGGGGAUUUAUUGCCACGGACGUCGGGAACGGUGAGCGCGAAGAGGUACGAGGAGAAGAGUGCGGGGUGAGCUGGUCCGUGGAGAGAGGUCGUUUCGAAAUCCAUCUUAAGGCCAAAUGCACGUGCACGUCGUUCGUCACAUAUGACAUUUAGUUCUAUCGUAUGGUACAUAGUAUGGAGUAGUGAGGAUCAGGGCCACGUGUUUGCCCCAUUGUCUUUUCGGCAGGCAUCUUCGGCGUUAUUCCAUGUAAAGGCGUGGUGCUGUGAUUCAUAUUCGAAGUCCCUUCCAGAGAUCUCUCUUGGUGGUCAUUGCACGCCUUACUUCUCUUGGAGAACAAGGCAUUGAGGUUGUAACAAGUGAGAUCCGCAGCUCUAACGAUGCGCUCACAGGGGGCUCCGUCAGGCUCAGCACGAUCUAUCGGAAUAGCGCCAGCAUGUGGUUAAGAAUCGCAAAUGCACUUCCCUGAAGAUCCUAAAUUCCUCAAGUUUGCCAUUUUGGCUCAAGAUUCGACACAUUCUUGACAGGAUUUGAAGCGCCGUUAGUGGCCUACUUUGCAUUCAUUUGAAACGAGAUUCGAAAACAAAAGCAAACUUCUACCCCCUGAAAACCCCCACGAUUAUCAAUUCUUGAACGUGUGUUCUUUUUCUUUGGUAGAAAUUUUCGGUCCGGGAAGCUGCAGUAAUCUUCUUUCAUUUUGGUGGAGAACCUGGGCAAUUAUCUUUCUCAAUUUCAUAUCCCCGACCCCCUAGAACUAGGACUAGUUUAGAACUAAAAAUGGUGCCGCAAAGCCAAGACAACGGAGGGGAGCAACCCUUCCAAAACGCUCAAGGAGGAGCGACAGAGCAUUCCGAAGCUCAACGCGGUGGGCCGCAACCUAUCCGCACUUCCUCCGCAACGUCUUCUGGGAGUAUUUUUGACGUGACUGGGCGCCGAUUUCGUCGCGGUGGAACUCGUUUUGAGCACUCGCAAGAGCUACCCACAGUUGAGGAGAUCGAGCCUUCGGAAUCGAGUGUCGGCGCAGCCAGUGCCGGCGCGGAAUUGAUUGGGAAAGAGCUUGGGGAACGUGCUGUGGCAGCAGGAGAAGCAGCCGGGCACGCCGUAAAAGCGGUUGGAAGCUUCUUUCAGGGAUUCUAUGCCACUUUGACCAAGGAGGAACCGCAGGAACAACCGUGGCGCCAGCAAGCUGCGGCAACUUCUUUUCAACAGACACCGGAGGCGGAAGAGCACUUCAGCGAACGUUACAACCGUCAGACCAGCCCGCUUUUCACGCCGGAGCGUGGUGGCCGCAAUUUGAUGGAAGGAAAUGCCGUUCGUUUUGGUAAGGCUAUGUAUCCGGAGCAGCAACAAGAAGAGCAGUUCGAAGACCUGCAACCGCAGCACAGGGAGGCCCGACACGGACCGCCGACGAAAAACCUUUGGCCAUCGUCGUUUGAACCGAAUCUGUUUUCUAUGCCGACCGGGGACGCCGGAAAGGGUCUUGCCGAUUUCUUUACAGGCAUGGGAAAACGAGCAGAAGCAGCGUUCUUUGAACAGGAACCGAAAGCGCCGAACUCGUUCUGCGAUGAGGAGCAGGAAGAACAUCGCCCCGCAAGUGGUCUUCUUCAUCAGUUCCCAACAGCCCGCGAAACGUUACAAAGAGCCGCAGAACAAGAACAGCGCUUCUACCAUCCGCCUGGAAUGAUGGACAUGGAGCAGCAGCACCAGCACGAAGAGCAGUUCAAGAGCAGCAACAAAGCCGACGGAUUUGAGCAAGACAAGCAGCGCACGCACCUGGAAGAGUACUUCAACAAGAUGCAGCAGAAGCAGAAACAAGACAGCGAGUUACAACACGAAAAAAGCACCACGAAGAACCCGCCUUCGGGUGGCUUCCCUUUGCCUCCGAAGUGGACUUCUGAAAUCGUUCGGGAACUCGAAGUGUCGGGCGCUUUGCCUGAUAUCGUCCGCACCAUAGACAGCACCGGAAAAGCAGGCGAGGUUGUCUGGAGUGGUUUAACCUAUUCGGACUUCAGCGGCCUGGCUCGGGAGCACAUCAAGGAAAAGGUUCGGAAAGCCGUUUCGCGCGUUUAUGGUUCUGGAAGUGUCCGUGUGGAGUUGCGUGCCGGUUCGUUGAUUGCAGAUUGGCUUCGAGGAGAUCCGCGCGACUCGUCUGCAACAGUUGAUGGAGAUGGGCGGCAACGAGAUGGCAACAACUUGCGUUCGCUGGUGCAGCUACUGGCCGCGGCAAUGAAGGACGCAGGAAAUGGCAGCGGUGGAGCUUUCGCAAAACCUCACCUGCCGCAACUUAAGUUCAAAGCGGUCAGACAGGCGGAAGCAGUAUUGGAAAUUGUGGAAAAUCGUCAGCCGUUGAAACAGUACCAGGCGGAAAAGAUGUUGCGGCACGCUUGGAACGGAAUGCAGCUUGGGGACGUCGCCAACGGCAUCAAAAAGCGCAUUACAAGAACGCUUGCGAACUUCGACGCGGUACGAGAUUCCGAGGGGCUUUACCACGCUGCCUUCAAUGAUUUCGUCGACCAACUUCGUUUAGAAUUCGGAAUCACAAACCAAGUUGCGAUCUCCACGCUGGAAGGGCUUUUGAGCGCAGUCAAGUACACGAUCGCAGGAAAGGAGCAGGGCGCAGCCCUUGUUGCCUUCGUAAGUUCCUAUCGUGUUCAUUUCGAAUUGCUCAUGGAGGAACGCAGAGAAACCGGCAUCACGUUUUUCACCUUGUCAGAUGUCGUUGGCAGCGACAUGGAGCGCAAGAACAUGGUGAACAACUUGAAGUACCGCAGCGGCUUGCCGAUUUGGAUCGUAACCAAAAUUGACGACUACUUCGGGGACCGUGGAGACACGCUUGAGAGGCAGUCCUUGCUGGCAAUUCUAUCGCGGAUUGCGAUCACCGGCCAAGCAGAGCAAGCAAAACAGCAGCAGCAGCGCCCCGUCGGUAUUCCGCCGGAACCAACGUUGCGAACACUAACAGGAAACCGAACCGACGAGAGCAAGUUGGGAGCGAUGACCCCGCAGGCAGUGUUAGAAGAGCAGAACAGGCACACGACAACGCAGACGCAAACGGCGACCCGACAACCAGUAGCGACAUCCGAAGGAGCUGUGUGCGGUGGGAACCAUCGAUACAUCCACCACGCAAAGUUCAACAAACGCGUAAACGCCAUCGAGCGGCGCGCCGGAACCCCGCUUGCAGUAGGCUUUUGCAGCUAUUGCCAGAAGCACCACAAGACCACCGGAGACCCCGCCGACAUCCUCUGCCCCGACAAGAUUGCUGCCGAGGAUUCACGUGAAGGGAAUGGUCUGCGUUGUAACAUGGCUUGCGCCCCGUACGAGCACAGAGAAGAUUUGACCGAGAUGCCGACGCGUCGUUUCGGUGCGAUGAACAGCGAGCAGCAAGACCAAGAGCCGCAACAAGAGCAAGCGCAGGAGCAGAAAGCCGAAGAGCCGAAAGCAACAGAGCAGCAACCACAAGGCAGCAAGCGCCACGGCGAAGCAGAUGCAGAAGGCUGGCAAAAGGUGUUAGCAGGUGCGAAAGGAAAGUGGAAGGCGAGCGGAAAGGGCUUUAAGGCGAUGAAUAGCCUGAAGGCGCCCGCGGCGGUCUUCUUGCAUAUCACCGAAGGCGAGUUGAAAAGGUACGCAAGUGGCGCGGCGAUUGAUAGCCGUCACGAGUGGCAUCCGGUCUUCUUCGAACCUCGUGAACCGCUUGUCUUCACAUUAAAAGUUUGCACAGCAUACGCAGAACAGCAAGGAGCGUUCGCGGAAGUCGAUGCGACGUUGGGUUCGUUGAAGUUCUCGCGCGCGCUGGCGUUUGAAGAGGUGUUCGAGAUUCGUAACGCAGAAACCGGAGAAAGGGUUCAGAACGAAGACGCAGGGCCGCCGGUUGUGGGUUCUUUUAAACAGCUGAAGGAAACGAGAAAGCCGCUGACCCCGUUGGGCGUAGUGCACGUUAAGGGAGCUCCGGUCGAAGCCCUUUUCGAUAGUUGUUGCUUGGUUGGAGCAGAGGAAGAGGGCCAGAAUCUGAUCGAUGAAACCUUCUUUGAACAACUUCGAAAACGCAGCCCCGACGCAAUUCGCAAUCUUCGCGAAGUUGGUAGAGAUGUAGUUCAGCUAGGAGCCGCAGCGCACCAGGUUCCGUACGUUCGUCGGCUUGUCGAAGUCCUCAUCACUGUCGCCGAAAACAAGGAGAGGCAGCAGUCUAUGUGGAUUCCCUUUGCGGUAGUUCCGUGGCUGUGUGUUGGUGAUAACAUGGUGUUUGGCCUUCGUUAUUUCGAUGAAGUGUUCGGAGUUAAGUACGAGCCGAAGGCGCUGAACCUCACGAAACUCAGCAUCUCAAUCCCGAGAGGAAUGGGAAACUACGAGGCCUUCGGAGUCAUGAAGGAGGAGGAGAAAGCGAACGAGCAACAAGCAACGCAGGAGCAGCAAGAGCAGCAAGAGCAGGAGCAGGAGCAAGAAGAGCAGUUAGAACAGGAGGAACAGGCCGAAGAAGAAGAGACCGGCGACGAGACGUCUGAGAACGCUGCAUCAGACUCGGAGGAGACGCCGGCGGGCGUCUGACUGAGCUCCACGAAAAAGAAGACAAAACCGAGCCAGAAGGGCCGGCAGCGAGCUUUGAAGAAGGUAAAAGCGGUGGAGGGAACUUCAAAGCAGGAUAGGACACAGGGGACGAAGAAGCGAGAAACGAAACCGGCAGCGAAGAAAGCCGGCAAGAAAAGAGCCGAACAAGAAACGACAGAAACCGAACAGACGGAGCAGAACCCGGAGGAGGCCACCGGGGACGCAACUCAGGUUGUGCAAAAGAUUCGAAUACCUUCUGAAGACGUAGUGCGGCUGCUUGUGCAUAUCGACUUCAUGAAACUCAGACCCGGGAAGACGUAUUCUUUGACAGCGCGGCAAGGAUGUGGGGUUGAUCUGAGCCCGAUGCCGAUCCUGCUCCGCAAAGAAGUAGAGGGCGUUCCGAUCGUUCUCGAAGUUUCGCACGAUUCCAGAUUCAGCAGGAGUCUCAGCGUCGAACAGCUAGUAGUGCGACAAAUUUGCGAUCGGCCUUUGUCCCAACAAGAAGUCGCGGGCGCGGUGCUUGGUGUUGAAAAGCUCUUCGGAGAUAAGUCGGCGCCGCUGUUGGUCGAGCAGCAAGGAAGCAGAAGGCAGGUUCUCUAUAUGAAUAUGUGUGGCGCUGCUGGGGACGAAGAUGAGCCAGAACAACCACAACGAGGGCGGAGCAAGUUCAUGAACGCGAAGUACAAAAAAGAGGCACGAAAGAACCUUGACCCAGCCGAAGAAGAAACAGCAAUCCGCGAGGAGAUUGCCAGCAAGAAAGCGAAGUGGAAAGGAGGUUCCGACAAGAUUCCGAGAGACAGCGAGGAGUGGCGCAAGCGAGUCCGAGAAGCACAAGAAGAAAAGCUGAAGGACGUCCCGGAGCCUCUUCGAACUAAGAUUAUCGAUAAGAUUACGAGAAACGCCGAGUACUUGCACGACGACGGGGCAGAAUUUCCAUUGUUGAAAGGGAUCCGCGCUUCGCACAAGAUCAAGAGUUCAGCACAGUGGAAGUUGCAACAGCCCUACAGCCUAAAUUUUUUGGAUUCGAUGCGGGUCAGUUUUCUAAUUGAAGAACACAUCUUCGAAGACAAGAUCAGGCACCACGACGCGAAAAACGAAGCGCCGCCGCCGAUGACUUCGCCAGUUUUUUUAGCCGACAGAAAAGGACACGUCGUUCGCAGAAUCGUGGUUGACUACCGAAAAUACAACGAGCAGGUCGAGGAUUAUCACAUGGUAAUGCCACGUGCUGACAAGAUCUUCAAGAACUUGCUGAGCGGGAAGCCGAAGUGGUUCGUCGUCUUGGAUUUGGCGAUGGGCUAUAAUCAGAUGCUGUUGGAUCCAGAGACCGCAAAAUACCUUUCCUGGUCAACGUCUGAGGGGAUCUUCAUCCCGAAGCGCUUGCCGUUGGGACCGAAGUGGGCGCCGGCGUUUUUUCAGAGCCACACGCAGCGAGUUUUCGGAACUCUUCAGUGGUGCAAUGUUUUCAUCGAUGAUCUUUGCUUCUCCGCGUCUUCAGAUGAAGAGCUGUUGCAGCGUUUAGACGCGUUGUUCGAUAGGUGUCGGCAAUCGGGUUUCUGUUUAAGUUUGCGCAAGUCCGUGUUUGCAGCACGCUCCGCCGAAGUAUUGGGGUUUGAUGUCUCUGCUCAAGGAAGAACCCCGACCCCGAAAAAGCGGGAGGCUUUACAGAGGUGGCCGCAUCCGAAGACCGCAGAGAACUUGAAGUCUUUGGUCUGCUUCGCGAAUUACCACAGGGAGUUCAUACCUCGCCUGCCGCAAAUUGUUGAACCGCUCCGCAAGUACAUAGACAAGAAAACGCCCUUCAAGCAUUUCGAAACCGACGAAGAAGCGCUGCAACACGUGGAGGAACUACGACACGCACUUGACGCGGAAGCCUACUUGGUUGACCUAGAUGCGGAAGCGGCUCUGAACUGGCGUGAAACCGGCAGGCCUGUUGAGGUUUUUUGUGAUGCUUCAGAGAUUUCCGAAAGCUUUGUUGUUUGUCAGAGGAAGGAGGCGCACGGACGUCCCUUUCCGAUCUGUUUCAAGGGUCACACCUUUAGCGAGCAGGAACGAAACUGGUCAACGAUGGAGAAAGAGUUGCAUGCGAUGAAAUUUUUCAGCGAGGAAGGCUUACCGGAAUUCGAUCGAUUUGAAAUUCUUCUUUACUUCGAUCACAAGAACAACGGCACAGCGGAGAUGGGGGCCCUUUUUGCCAACCAGAGGGUCGCAAAGAAGGUUCGUAGAUGGAUCGGGGAGCUUUAUGACAACUUCGCCCGUGGAAACAUUAUUCGUUGUUUCCUUCCUGGUCAACACAACGUCUUAGCGGAUGCAAUCAGCCGCACUUGGUGGGGCGAUGCUGAUGAUGAGGCAGCAGCCGUUGCUGGUCAAGAAGAUGGCAUCGACGGACGCGUAGGCGAGUUUAUUCAUUUCCUCUUCGAGAAUCCGGAACAACGUGUAGGACAGCAAGAAACAGGGCCAGAGCAAGCGAAAGCUACGAAGCUUGCGAGGAUGACUUCUGGGAUGCGUGUGCCUGAGGUGAUUGAAGCGCUUUUCAAUGCACCAGAAAAGUUAGAAGGAGCAUUCUUUGCGGCAUAUAUGAACAACUACGCCCCUUUGCUGUCGCAGUUUCGUGCGCAACGUGCAGCACCAGCUGCAGACCUCGAGUUGAAGCUGUACCACUCAACUUCAACACGCUCAGAAGCUUGGCACCUCGAAGCAAAAAGUCGGCUGAAGAAGUUGUCUUGGCAAAUGAUCAGUCGCGUAGGAUGCAGAAAGUACCGUAGGACCGACUUGGAGGCGCGUAGAGCUUUAGUUCACGCCUUUCGGGAGUGGUUGGCAAGUCUCUCCACAACGCAUGAGAGCAGCUUCCGCGUCUUCGGCUUUAUCGCGGAAGAUUUUCUAGAAUUCGAGGAGACGAACGAGGAACAGCGACAAGGCAUCUCGAGAACGAUUCGGGACUUUGACCCGACGAAGAUGACGAUCGACGACCCAGAAACGACUUGCGGCACGCCGCUACGAUUGGAGACACAUGCAACCAGGGACGGUUACUCUGAUCACGACUAUCAGUGUGGUUGUAUGUGCCACCAAGUCUUCGCGACACCGAACGAACAAGAACCGAAAGCGCAAGACGACGACAAGAGCAACGACCCGAACGAGCAGCAAGACAGCGCGCCGAAGGAUAGCAACGGCAACGACAACGACGAGCAGCAAGCCGAAGCGAGGGACCUAGCAGAGCAGGUUCCAGAACCAGAAAACGAACAAGAAAACGAAAACGCAGCAGCCGAAGAAACAGCAGAGCCGAAAGCGAUUUUGCUAGACUUCGCAACGAGAAGUCUCAACGGAGACAGCACCGAAAACAUCCGGACCGAGGAUCUCUAUGCAGCCUUGUGGCGCGACAACGUGUUGACAGGCUUGGCAGUUUUUCGCAAGUGGAUUUCUGCGCCGGAGCGGUUUUUAGUUUGGCCAGCAAGUUGGGGAACAGUUCGCGUUGUCCUCUUCUACCGAGCUGGGCCGAAACGGGUUUUCAGAAUACGACACGGCAGACCGAUGGAGCUACUGAAGGAGGCUUCCGGAUCGUCUGGCGCGGUGUCUGAGGAUGCGAAGUUUUGCGGUGCUCUUUUGAUGGGCAAGAAGCGUUGCUUACAGUGCAUCGCAAGCGGCGCAGCUUCAGUUCCACGACUAGAGGUUGCACAAGAACAGCGGCGCGACGAAUACUAUGGGCCUAUAUUGCAAGCACUUGCAGAGCGAGACGAAAAAGCCAGCGAAGAUUGGAAACAGGAAGUCCGGCGAAGCAUAGUUGGCACGAGAGCGGAAGCGAGGAAGCUGAUCAGAAGGAUCGAAAAAGGCGAGUUCAGAUUCGACGACGAUGGUUGUUUGCUUCAGAAAGUCCGCGGAAUCUGGUGUACCAUUGUGCCAGAGGUUUUGCGAUUGAAGAUUCUCAAGGAAAGCCAUGACCAGCACCACGGAACAUUCAGUGCAACUUUGGAGCGAUUGAGGCAAGAACGUGUCUGGUGGUUUGGCAUCGAGGAAGAUUGCGAAGAUUUUUGCGAUGUUCGCUGCCUAGUCUGUGGAGUUGAGCGAGCCAACGCGAAGACCGAUUCUGUCUUCUAUCAGGAUACCGCCCGGCGCUUUGGUGAUAAGUUCUUCAUCGAUCACCAUGGUCCUUACGCAGAAUCCAAGCGCGGAAACAAGUACUAUUUUACCGUCGUCGACUUUGCAACUGGAUAUGGAUGGUUAUUCGCAGUUCGCAGCACCGACCUGAAAUACGUCAUCGCCUGCCUCGAUGAAGUCUUCAAGGAUCAAGGGUUCCCAAACGAAAUUCGCUGCGACAACGGGUUCGGGGGACGUGGCGGACUUGUUGCCAAGUUGUGUCGCAGAUACCGCAUUCGAUUCAAACCAGCUUCGCGAGAGAAUCCACGAGGCCAAUGGCCAAUCGAGUUUCCCCACAAGGAGAUGCGCGCUUUUCUAGCUACUCGGAUGAGAUUCAGCAGCAAGAAGAACACUUGGGACAACGAGCAAGACGAUUUACAGUGGCACUGGAGAACGACUUCGCGACCCGCAUGGGGCUACAAGUCUGCCCAUGAAUUCCGCUUCAACGAGAAACCUCGCGUACAGCUAUCCGCAGUUGCAAAACGAUUUGAAGACGACGAAGACCCGACCGAAGGAACGUGGGACCGACUAGACCACGACACGCGAGCCGCGGAGGAGAUGUUAGCGAAACACAAAGCACGACGUGAACGGACCUUCUUCCUCAACGACGAGGCGCAAGCAGCCAGCAGGCAGGGCACGAGCGACGGAGAGUUCAAGGAAGGCGAUGUGGUUUACUAUCGGCAUGCACGAGCAGAAGUUAAGCGGAAGGACAUGCUUACCGGUGUGAACAUCGCUUGCCUGUACAUGGUGAAGCAGAAGCUGAACCCUAUCUCGUAUUUUCUGGUCGAUUGGCGUGACAGUCUAACAGCGAUUACAUUCGUGCAGCCAGUACAUCGGAAGUUCUUGAGCGGUGCCGGACUACGUGUUGAAGAUUUUCUAGUAGACAUCAGGAAACGCUUCUGGGCUACGGCUGAGAAGGUCGGCGUGGGUGUCUUUGUAAAAAGCUAUGACGCAUUCCGACUACGAUACGCAUACGAGAAAAACGGCGAAGAAUACGUAGGAAACAAGGAGCAAGUAGAAGGGUUUUGCUUAGGUCUUCGGGAAAGUGCACUGGGGACGGUUUGUGGUUAAGAAUCGCAAAUGCACUUCCCUGAAGAUCCUAAAUUCCUCAAGUUUGCCAUUUUGGCUCAAGAUUCGACACAUUCUUGACAGGAUUUGAAGCGCCGUUAGUGGCCUACUUUGCAUUCAUUUGAAACGAGAUUCGAAAACAAAAGCAAACUUCUACCCCCUGAAAACCCCCACGAUUAUCAAUUCUUGAACGUGUGUUCUUUUUCUUUGGUAGAAAUUUUCGGUCCGGGAAGCUGCAGUAAUCUUCUUUCAAGCAGAUAUGACGUUGCCGGCUACGAGUACUAUCGGCCAUUCUUCGGAACACUCGGUACUAGGAUUUCUUGCGAUGGAGUCACUGUUUCAUAGCUUCAGGAGGCAGUCGACUAUUUAAACUCAAGUACGAAGAUAUUCUUUGACAGUGCUGUAUUUCUCAUUCUUGGUCAAAAAUGAAUGAUGAUCGAGAAUCAGUAUUCCGUCACUUGCAUCACGUACAUCCGACUCCAAACAGGCCCAGUCGAUCAGCCGUUGGCAAACGGAUGGCUAGGGGACCACGGCUACAUUACGAAGACGCAAGGGAGCAAAGCUGCGCCGCUUGAUGGGAAUAAGCUGCAAGCGACAAUCGCCGCAGAGGACAUUGGGACGCUCCUCUGGUAUCGCUCCACGGAGUUACCAAGGACGUCUGCGGAGGUCCAAGCGGGUCUGGGCGGGAAGAAGGAAUGGGGAGUAAUCAUUACGGCGGACCACGUUGAAAAAACAUUCGCUGACCUUGAGGCGAUUCCUCCCAAUUGUCAAAUCGAAGUGCCAAGCGAUGGCGAUGCCCCACGGAUCGUGCGUCCUCUCCUCAAGAGAGGGUCCUGGAAGCGGUCCUGGCAUUCCCCGCAAUAUUUGGCAGCCGGUUCUUGGAGUGAUCGACGAGGAGGUACUUGACUGUCCACUUCUGGCAUGCACUCUGAACCCCAAUAUCAACCCUACUCUGAAGCCCUGCUUCAAUGUCCAACAGACAUUUCCAAUGAUGUUAGGACAAUUCUUAAAUUUGUAUUGAUUCAUCAGUCAGAACUUUACCUUUUAUAGUUACUCCCUAGGUAGGGUAGAAAACAUGAACCUUCUUCGAAACUAAUUCCAUUAUCUAGAAGUAUCUCGCGAUAAAUUUACUCCACACAGAUUUCACGGUGAAAGACGAAACCGAGGCCGGCAACGGCAUGCAUCUGGGCUCGGCGCCUAGCAGGACACUGAUCCCUUAGGACUCUUGAUAACUCAAUCUCUCUUACUGAAUUUUUUCUAAAUUUAUACGUAGCAAUUCCAGGAGAGAACUAUGGAAUGGAGAAUUCUUCUAACAUGCCAUUGGUGAAGCGGGUCCACAGCCUGGAGACCUUCUGUUGGCUAUGACAGGUGAAGAAGUGCAAAAGUUUCAACAAAAGGGUCUCGCUCCGGCUGUUCAUGCAUGGGGAUUCAUCGUUGAUGCCCGAAAAGAUAGCACUGUGUCGGGAAGAGGAUGCUGGCUGAAUCGUCGUGUUAAUGCGCCGGGGCCAUCGUACGUCUAUCUUACGGCAAUUUCUGAAAUCAAUUCCCAUUCACCGCUGCUAAAUCAUUCGCGAGUCCCCUUUAGACAAUUUUUUCCCCAUCAAGGAUUUGCGGAUCAACACAAUUCUGUUAGAUGGUCUACAAUUGAAGCAGGUUGUGUCAGACCGUUAUAGACACUUUACUACAAAUAGGUUGCGAGGAGCGCGUCCUCUUCUAACUAUGCGCUGAAGGAAGAAGAGGACUCCUCCCAAUUUGACGUGGAGACGAUCAAGAAAUGGUACAACCACAAGCUUGCAGACGCGCGGACAGCUGAAGGUAAGAGGAUUCCUUCUAGAGACGGUUGAGAAUUUAUCAAUUUCAGCUCGAUAGACAAAUAGCGAAAUGUAAGGCUGCACCUCGAGGAAGACGGACUAGUAGGCUAAGUGAUUCAUGUGCUACUAGGAUUCAUUGCGAAAGCACCUCAGUAGCAUUUUUAGACCAGAGACGAUGCAUCUACUAAACUCAAUGCUCCUCUAGCACAACAUCCGAUCUGAAAAAUCUUUCAGCCCCGCGACCAAAUGAGCUGCUCGGCCACAUCUCCAUUAAGUGGACGGAAGCAGCUUCCCCUCUGGACCACAAAGCGAAAGCAAUCGGGGACGUCAACAUCGGGGAUCUCCUCUUGGAUUUGCCUGGUCAGUCGAGGGGUGAGCAGUUGCAACAGCUCCCGAAGGAGGUAUGGGGGAUAAUUGUUGUGCCGAAGGCCGCAUUCGAAGCUACUAGGGACGUCGCGUAUGUUGACAGGCUUCCUACGUGUCGAAUCGUCUUCGAUGAAGCUGGUGUGGGGGUCGUGACUCCUGUCAGGUACGAAACAAUUACAGAUGACAAAGCGCCAGGCUUCUGGAUAGCACGGAGGCAGCUGAAACGUUUGGCAGCCGGUUCUUGGAUGGAUCGACGACAAGGUACUUAACUGUCUGCUUCUAGCAUUCACUCUGAGUCCGAAAACCAAAUUUACUCCUGUGAAAUUAUGUAUGCAAAAUAUCCAACAAAGGUAUCCAGUGUCAGUUGUAUUUGAUUGAUGAGUGAACUUAGGACAACGCCUAAACGACUGGAUCAACUUCUUAACUGCAAUUUUUUUUCACCCAGAUCGAGAUUCAAAGGCCAAUCUCGGUAAAUUGGCGGACACGGGCGCCGAGUUAGGCUCGCUCACGAUCGCGCGCGGUCGUGAUGUUGCUUAAGGCUCUCGAUAGAUAUAAUUGUUCAUUUGCUUCCAAAAUUGGUUCCCAGCUUCCCAAGUAGGAAUUCUAGGAAAUGAUUAUGAAUUCCACCUAGAGUGAAAGACUAUGUAAACCUCUCCAGAGAUACAGAAGUACGUCAUUUCUUACAGUAAGAAUAUGUACAGGGUGAACAGUUACAAGUUUUUACAGUUUUAAUUCGUGAUGAGUCAGAAUUUCUGCAAAUGUUGGUGAGUCAUGAGAGCUCCAACUUCGUACCAGUGGCGCUGCAAUUAUUGCUCUGCCAGCGAUGAAUGACGAAACGCUGCAGAGAGGAGAUCUUUUGUUGGCACUCGAGGGGGACCAGGCAACGAAGCUGACGAGUUUGGAGGAGGUAGCUCCAGAAUCCGACGGAUACUGGGGCUUCAUUUUAAGGCUAAGUAGUUUUUCAUCGCCCUGUUUGUGACUGAGUGAGAUGAUGAUGAACAUCUUCUCCCUCAUCUUUUCAGCAAGAUGAGGGAGAAGCUGUUGAUCGUCACGAAGUUGAACGCCCUUCUUGUCUCCGCAGUGUGUGAGGUAUAAAGAAACGCCAAUAAGGCUGACCCACAAAGAAUUCUCGGUGAAUCUUCACUCGAGCGAACGUGGAUCAUCCAGAAGGUACACGCUAGCAAGCGAGAUCUACGAAGAUGAAAUAGUAGCGCUAAUGCCUGUCGAAGAGACGUCGCCUGACAAUGACGAUCCCAGCGCCGUUGUAUCCGGGAGGCAGUGCUGGGUGAAGCGUGCGCAGGGAGAUGAAGCUGGUCUUAUCAAGAUCCAUCUUAUGGCCUUAUCAAGAUCCAUCUUAACGACCUCUUGCUAGGUAAAUGAAUGAAUGAAUGAAUCACCAUCGUUCGCUUCUUUUUUGGCACCCUUGCACUUGAGUAUAUCCUUGAUAUGUUUUUGUUAUAUAAUUCUUUUCUCCUUGCUUUCUGCUUGAUUACAUCCUAAAUAGAGUAGAAGUCUCCUUCCAUCCAUACAUCUUCCUUGAAAGGUUUUCAUUUUGACCACUGUUUUCACAUGAUCAUGUCUGUCGUUCUCAACAAGAUGUUUUUCACACAUGGCUCUUCGAUUUUUGCAUGUGCAUGGGAGACAACCAGGAGACAACUAUGUGUGACAAGAACACCCACAUAUAAAGCAUGUGUUCAUGAUCAUUAGUCUUUAGUACCCGUAGAUACAUAAGCUUGCUGUUCUAACCACGCAUAAAUAAGUUUACAUUAGUCCUUAGUAAGCUUGCUGUUCUAACCAUGCUUUUCGGACCGCUGGCGGAACCUCAGACGCUGCAGUCGCUGUUUCUGGAGUUGAGAUGACCGUGCCUCAAAUGAAGAAGAUCUUUCAGAACCGCUUGCGGAGCAGAGAGAGAAUGGGUAAGAAAUUAAAAGCAAUGGUUCCAGAAAUACCGACUCAGACCCGAAAAUGUUAUACACAGUUCAAUACCGACUAACGAAUGCUGUGGUUGUUCAACAACGACUCAAUAAUGCUGUAGUUUAGUAACGACUCAAUAAUGCUGUAGUUCAGUAACGACUCAGAAAUGGUGUAAAUGUACCCUAAAAUAUAAAUCAAACAAUGUUGUAGUUUCAGAAAAGAUAUAAUGUGAGAACAAUACACCGCAUAAUUAUAGUGAGUGCGAUUAUAUGCGAGUCCUUGCCUAUUAUAGUGGAGAAGAGAACUUUCUAUUUAAUGUUCUAUUUUGGUCUCAUUCUACAUCAUCGUCCAGUGUGACUUCCCUUCGUCUAGUUCCCCUAUACCACUCCCCCUAUUCAACUUUCUCCUAUACCACUCCCCCUAUUCGACUUUCUCCUCUACCACUCCCCCUAUUCAACUUUCUCCUAUACCGCUCCCCCUAUUCAACUUUCUCCUAUUUUUCAACUUUCUCCUAUACCAUUUUCUCUGUUGACCACCUCACAGCCAAAACGAAAACGGACACAUCGUGGGGCUAUGUUGCGUGGAAUCAGUUCGCUGGUGGAAAGGCGUUGUUGUCGGACGCCGAUAAUGUUGGCGUUGGGAAUCAUCUUCUCUUGGCUAUGACAGCUGACGAGGUAAGUUAUGGCUUCACCACUUCGAGUACACAUAAAAUCAUCAGCAUCCCCAUCAUCAAACGCAUACUCCUAGAGGGGCUUUUCAAGGGCAGAGGGGACGCACUUCAUCAGUGUCAGAGGGGAUUGAUCAGUAAUUACCGAGUGAGAGAUUUCAAGUCAUCCUGAAUUUUCUCUGUUGCAGGAUGAUGAGUCGCUGGAUUGUAGAUAUAGAAGAUGUAGUUGUCUGUGACCUUUCAGAUGUAGUUGUGUAUGACCUUUCGUAUAAAGUCACUGUUUCCAAAGUAUAAUGUUGGGGUUCGCAGAUGAACACUAUCCUCGAUCUCAUCAUGUUUUGAAAUACAUCAUGCCUCCAUCUUGCGAUUUCAAGAUAGAUGGAAGAAGCAUGUCAUGCCUCCAUCUUCAUUCAACAGACGAGUCCAAUUAAAUUGUAAGAAAGUCCAAUUAGAUGAGAGGAAGAUUCCAUCUUCGGACAUCGUGAUUAGUGCGACGAAGAUUAGUGCGACCUCUAAACAACACAGGGACUGCUCUCUGCAAGUCCUUCUCAUCCACUAGAAGUACGGGGAAGAGUCGUUCCGGCUAAAAAAGCGGAUCCUCCAGGAGAGGAAGCUGGAGCAGAGGCAACUGACAAGUCCAAUUAAGGCUUCAUAGACAGUAGUUUUUCAUCUCCUGUUGAGACAGGAGUUUUUCAUCUCCUGUUGAGACAGGGGUUUUUCAUCUCCCUCCAUAGACAGUAGUUUUUCAUCUCCUGUUGAGACAGUAGUUUUUCAUCUCCCUCCAUAGACAGUAGUUUUUCAUCUCCCUCCAUAGACAGUAGUUUUUCAUCUCCUGUUGAGACAGGAGUUUUUCAUCUCCCUCCAUAGACAGUAGUUUUUCAUCUCCUGUGGUCAUCUUGGUCUCUUCAGUCGACAGAUGAAAGCACACGAAGAUGAAAGGUAGCUGGCUAGUUAUCCCUUGACCUUGAUGUCUGCGGCUAUUUCCUUCGACCAAAGUACUGCGUUGCGCAUCCUGUCUCUAAAGAAACACGGAUCAGCCGGAGCAGAUGUGUCGGGUCGUGUUUGAUCGUGUCAAUGGACCUGGGGUUGUGUACCCUGUAGACAUUCCCGACCCCAAGCAUAACUGGAUGUGGGUCCCGAGAGAGGGAGAGUCGCUCAAGUGGCGCGUAACCGGUUGGACGGACAUGCGGCAGUUUGAAUGUACUAUGGAUGAAUAAUUGAUUCUAGUACGUUUCUAUGUCGUAUUCGUAUUCAAGAUUUGUAUUUUUUUACACAAAUCCUGCAGCACUGUCGAACGCCGACGGGGCGUCCUCUGUGACCGGUGUUGUGGUGAAUUCGCCCGAAACACCCUUUGCCGCGAAGCUUCGCGAAGGCGAUGUACUGUUCACACGUGAACCAAGCAAAAGUGUAUGGAUUGUUCUGUAAUAUGGAUGACUAGGUAAAGGUAGUACUACGUGGAUCACACUGAGCCUGCUUAAUCUGUUAUGCAGGUCAAGUAUGUUAUGUUAGUAGCCUGAAUAGACAUAAUUUGAUAUAAACAUGAAGGUAUAGUAGAAGUACUAGAUGCACUGUUCACGGGUGAUGAAAAGGCGAUGUACUGUUCACGCGUGAACCAAUUGUAUGGACUGUUCUCUAGUAGACUGUUCUGUGUGCCCUCCCAGAUGCCCUCCCAGUAGUACAUAAGAGAAGGAACUAGUAAAGUCGGGUGAGUGUCCCCUUUAUUUUGCUACUAGUACGAAUGUUAUCUAUGUAGUCAUUCACGCGUGAACCAAAGGAAACUGGAUGGAUUACAAUCUUCAAGUUAAAUUUAGGAUAGAGUUAUCGGCUGUACAGGAGUGAAUCUACUCAUAUUUUCUGUGGAGGCAUUGGAAUAAGUAUCAGGUUAGUUUUCCCUCUAUCCUUAGGCUUAUCCCGUCAUGCAAUAAGUGCCAGGACUGUGUUGAGAAUGAAAAUGUGUCUAAUUUUUGCUGGAUGUUGGGGACUGGCGAUUGAGAAGAACGACCAGGGAAAUUUGGUGGGAAAGCAGUGCUGGGUCAAUUAAGGCUAUACUGGUGUAAGAAUGCACUUUUUUCCUACCAAGAACUGAACUCAGUUCUUGGUCACGUCUUUUUUAUCUCGUCUUACAGUAAUUAUUCUUGAAGUUAAUUUCGGCACACUGUUUUUGUAAAAGACACGAUACCAAGAAAAAAUGUAUCCCUUUCCGCUGCUCGUACAAGACGGAAAAAUGUAUUAUGGAUGGACCAGAACUGGGAGGGGGGGAUCGCAAAAGGAGGAAGCGCGCCGCAAAGCUCCUGCUGCGGGGGGGGGCGGGGGGAUCGCAAAUGGAGGAAGCGCGCCGCGAAGCUCCUGCUGCCUGGCAGUUGCCCGCGCGCCUGCCUCUGGCGGGUGCGAGGUACUGCGGCAAGAGCGGGAGAACAUAGAGAAACGAAAGACGCAGCAGGAUGCGCCAAGCCUGAGGGACCGGCCGCAGCUUGGUGGCAAUCCUGCCAGGACACUGCGCGGCCAAGCGCGCGCGCCUCCCCACCGGGUCCGGGCGCGCAUAGCACAGGCCACCGGGGCGCUGCGUUGGCCAUGGGGUGGAAGAAGCAGCCCACAUGAAGGGCCAGGGUCAAGCCCCCUGUAUUCCGGGCCCCUUCUGAUACCGCGGCCCCCGUUUUUCCCGGGGCCAUGUUGGCCCCACUACUUUCGGGGACCCCGCCACAACUAUAAGGAACCCCGCGGGAAAAUAAGGACCCGGGAUUUUUGCGGCCCCGGUCCGAUUAAAGGGGGAAAAGCACCGGGGCCCCUAUAAUACAGGGGGCCCAGUUUUUCCGGCCCAUGAUGACGUAAAAAUACUAACUACCUCUAAUGAACCAAAGCUGAGCCUAGUGUGGGAGCGGAGAAAUCUCAAGCUGACGAUCAGGAAAUCUCCAUCCUUCGCGUCGGAUCGGGUGACGUGCCGCUCGAGGAAGACAAUGUCAAGGGUGUCUACCCAUUCUUCGCAUCCACAGCGGCGGGCGGACCUUCCAUGAAUGAUCGACCAGGUACCAACCGAACGCCCGUCCUAGGUUAGUCCCUUCACCCAAUUCAUAGUAUGUUACAAUUUCGUAUUAAAGUAAAAAGCUGCAAGCAUUUGUUUGUUUGUUUUGAUGCGCUCCGGGCGACGCGUACGAUCCCGCCGGAUUUCUUUGUGCUCUGUGUGUGUAAUGCUAUGGUCGUCAUUGCGAUCGACUAUGGUAUGCCCGGUCGCCACAGUCCCCGCCAGCUGCGGCUUUUGUGGCAUGCCGGGUGCGGUGUGCUGCAGGCGGCGGCGACUGCGCGUGUGUAGCGCCUGGCGGUGAGGCGCAGCCAGGUUUGGUUGACGUUUUUGCGGCCUGCGCGCACUGUUCUUCGCGUUCUCGUUUUGUCUUCGUUCUUUUUGUCUUCGCGUGCUUCCUUUCUGGUCUCCUCCCUGCUCGUUCUUUGUUCGCCACCACCUAUCUCGGCCCCCGUCCUAUCGUAGCGGGCAGCGAUGGGUUUACCAUCAAAAGAGUCACUAUUUUCUCGUCCAGGCUUUUAGCUCUUUUACAUUUAUGCUUUUUUCUUUUUCCUCCACGCAACAGAUCCGGGCGCGGCUCCAGACUGGGGAAGUAAAUUGGGCAGCAAAAAAGAGAUGACCGAGCUAGCCACGCAGACACCGGCGGAUUUGAAUUUAUGGACACAGACAAUUUAGUUGGCACACAACAUACAAUUGUUCAUAAACAUGCUGGAGAGGAAUAUAUACUGAGCAAUUUACUACUGGGGAACAACUUUUGAUUAUUAUAGAUGAAUCAGCAUCCCUGAUUACCCUGAUUACUAUAUUUAAGAAGAGUGUAACUCAUUUGGAACCUCUAAUGAGUUCAGGAGACGUCCUGCUCUCCAAAGAGGCCAAAGACCAGAUGAACGGACGUCCGCCUUAUGGCCUACUUGCUACAGUCGCUGUUUCUUAAAUGAUUAAGUUGAACUAUAACACCGAUGUACACAACAUGACUUCUAGCUGUGAGAUGGAUCAUUCACUACGCUUUCAGCAUUUCGUGUGGUCUGAAAAAGUUUCCUUGAAAAGAUCUCUCAGAAGAUGGUUGAGCUGAGUUAUGAGAAAAAAAUGUCUCGAUGUCUCUUCGAAGAUGGCUAAGUUGAGUUAUGAUGUGUCCAGCUUGUGUGCUCUAACUUCCUAAAGUUGUGAACGCUUUUGUGGUGACGCAACGGCUGAGCAACGGCGAUAUUGUCGGGUACAAGUGCUUGCUGGUGCCAGAUGGGAGAGAGGGAAUCUCGAUCGCAGUUAAGGACAACCAAGUAGUUUCUUUGAUUUGAGUUGGGUAUAUUUUUGAUUUCAUUUGUGUCUACUUUUCCUUUGAUUAAGCCUAAAUACCGACUCUGUGCCGUAAAGAGAGGCGCAUCAGUGUGAUCGCAUAGAAUCAAUGAGCAGCACUAGGAGAAUUUACUACUAAGUAAUGCUAGAAGUAGUAGGAGUAGUUAAGCACCCAAUCGUGGGGUAUAGAUUCUUGACUAUUUAGUUAUUCGCUCCAGGUGUGAAAGGUAGUGCUUCUAACGACCCUCUGGAUGGCGGGGAUGUGCAGAUGUCCCAUACCAUGGACGAGCUACAGGAGAAAUACUCCUUGAAUUGGCAGGGUGCCGCUUCUAUGGGUAUUUGAGUUUCAACUUCCAAAGAAUUAGUUCAUUCCAAUGACUCUCAAAAGACUUAGUAGGAAACUUCCUCCAUGAUCCGCUCUCUCUUUCUAUACGUUUUCUAGGUAAGUAAAAACUACAUCUCACUUAAGUAGAUGAUCUUCACUCGUCCCGUAAAAGUAACCAGCAUUCCUCUGGAACACACUCCUCACAGGUUCUGAAGUAACUAGUUACUGCUCUUUUCCACACUACCAAAAAAUCAGUCGCGUACGGUCUACCAAACUACUAGUUACAACCCUUUUCCCCAACUGCUUACCAGGCUCACCGAAUGGACGCUCCUACGACAGCAAUGAGGGCUUCCAGAAGCUGCUAGCUGAGGAUGGGAUCGUGUCCUCAGAUGGAAAUGGAUUCGUUUCGACCAUGGAUGUGGGAGAUCUCCUACUGACGCAAGAUGCAAGCAAAAAGCUUCAGCAGCUGGCACGGGGUGGCGGCAACCCACAGGGGGGCGCGGCAGUGGCUGAUUCUGGAGGAGAAGGAGGUGAAGCCGGGACCCUGAGCUUCGGGCCUGAUAGUGUAUCGGGCUUCAUCGUCACGGGAAAACGACACACUAAAAAAGGUGGCGCACAAGAUGCAGCAGUUGCGACAGACGCAGUCGAGGGUGCUGCAGAGUCCAGCAAGGAGGCAGAGUCCGCUUACGAUUAAGGCCUGAUAGAUGCAAUUCAUUUCCACGGGUCAUUUUCUUUGGUUUUCUUCUACGGAUUGUGAAGAAAUACAGGGAAGACAUGAAUUGCUUUGCGCUCUAAUGCGAAAUCGUGGGACACCAAUGCAAGCUAUAUGUGGAUGCCAAAACGGGUACGAUGAAAAUCGAAAGUGAGGGAAUCCCCGUGGCGCACAGUGUUAUGGCUUUUAACUACAACUAGUUAGCCGGUAUCAGACAGUCAGGUCGACGUUUCUAGAAGCGGACAAUCAUUAUUAUCAUGCAUGUCAUGUCUACUUACAAAACUAGCCUAUCAAGUAACUUCUCAUGAUGAGAGCGAGCUGACAAGUGGAUUGUCGAUCUUGAUAGAAAAAUAUCGUCAUUUCCCAUCUAGUUGAUGCUAGAGUGAGAGACUAGAUAAUUAUAUAUACAUAGGUUGCUGUCACCUCGCUUGCUUGUACAGGACUUAUGAUCUGGAUCAAGACUUAUGCACUGUGAAUCUGCACGUCACGAAUGAGCUAACUGCCACUACUUGUACCUAUAUGAGAUCUAGCAGAAGACAUCGCCUAGGCGACUACAAGUCUUAGUCUAACAUCGCGGUUGAACUGAGGCGGGAGUAUCCCUUUUGUGUGAGUGGUGCUAUCCCACAGAGUGAAUCGAAAGUGGCCGCAAUUGAUCCUGACGCGUACAACAGUGCCCUGGCGAACCCAUCGGAGGAAGAUUUAUGCUCAAGGUCUACGAGACUUUUAGACUUAUGUAGUAUACAACUGCUUGCUUCUGCAUAGUUAGAUACUGUAGCUUCUGGAUAGUUAGUUUACAACUGCUAGUAACUUGAGAUGUUAACUUGUGUAUACAGUGCACAGCCUCUAGUUCUGGUACAACAUCAAUAAUAGUAGUUCAAGUGUUGACUAGUGUCUAUAUGCUAUACUAGAACAUUGUGUACAACUUGUAGUUCUUGUGAUUGAGUUGAGCCGAUAAAUGUAAGAUGUGUCCUCUCGUGAAUUUAACGUAGACAACGUCACACCUAGUAAGUAUAGUCACUACUACGACAAGGUUUGGAUAAUGGCGUCCUAUUGCUUACCAUACUUCCACAUUCUAAAGCAUACCUACGAUGCCGAUCCUCUAGAAAGAGGCAAUCCAGACAGACCAGGGUUUGCGCGAACAAUGACGCUCAAUUCCAAUGCUUAAGGCUUGACUUGAUUAAUCGAUCUUCCUGACGGGAUGUAUCUCCAAAGAAGGCAGCCUGGUUUGAGCUAGACUUUCGAGUUGGAAGAUCGGGCUAUGAGUUCUAACAUGUUGCGGGAGAAGUGACGGUGAAUGCCCACGCUGAGUCUGGAGUGGAGAGUGUGGCUGAAGAUGUGUGCUUCGGAUGCGCACUCGUGGCUGCCUAA